AUCCUUUGGUGUGGAUGUUGGAUUUGGGGGUUCCUUGGGGUGUCUGAGGGGUAGAGGAGGAGGAUUUGGGACUGAGUGGGGUUUUGAUUGGGCUGGGGAUGGCUUGAGGUGAGCUGGGAUAACAUGAGGGUUUGGGACCUGUGGGAGUAGGAUUUGGGGGUGUCUGGGGUGCUCAAGGGGUGUAGGGGGGGACUUGUCAGUCCUGAUUGAGGGGGUGUAUGUGCGUGUUUGCUUUCAGGGUGUCUGGUUUUAUUGAAGAGUGGGGGAAAGGGGUUCUUUUGGGAAUUUUUGGAUGCUUAACGUGGGGGGAGAAGAAGCGGGAGUAAUGUGAGUGGAGCAGGAUGGAUGUGGGAAGGGUCCUUAGUUGUAUGGACUGGUGAGGGUACAGGGGUGAGCUGGUGGGCUUUGGGAGGCUUCAGCUGGCUGGGGUGGGUGUGUUUUUGGGAAGAGAUAUAAAGUGUCUGGUGUUCCUGACAGAUUAAGGUGAGGCAAAGCUUCAGAGCCUCCCAGAGUUGUUAUGGUGUGGUUUGGAGUCCUGUCCAUUGGGGCAGUGGGAUUGAUGGAAUGCUGGGGUUUGAGGUUUGCAUAACAUGCUUCAUUCCUGAUAAUUCACAGGAGUUUGUGUAGACAGGAGAUUUGUAACGAUAAAGGUUUUCUACACGCUUCCCUUUGGGGAUAAGGAUAAAGCCUGUAGGAUUUAUAGGAGCCUGUAAGCUCUGGGUAUGCACAAAUCCUGUUUUAAAAUUUGAGAUAACAUCGUGCUUUCAAACUGCUUUAAUUCACUGCUUUAAUUCACUGCUCAGUCUGGAGAGUGGCUCUUGUUGCUGUGGGUCUGUGAUGUGGCUGGUCAGCACUGCUAGGGGUGUGGAGGGGGAGAAGUUGGGAUGGAGCAGGUGGAUACAGCUCCUGCAAUCUUAGAAGAUGAGAAUUUAACAGUGGUUCGGAUUUGCUUGUUUAUGUACGUGAGAAGAAGGUAAAAUCCACCUUGUGAUCCCACAGAGAUGGAGUAACUCUCCCUCAUGAACCACAUCCCAGUUGUUUUCUUUUCUUUGGACUGAAACCAACCCUUGAGCUGCAGCUCUGUUAAAGGUUUUGUGUUUGAUUGAGUCAACCUGAAUCUCUCUCGUAGUCCAGCAUCCCACCUGUAGCUGUCCAUGACUCCCUCUGGAAAUUGCCUGCCUGAGGAAAGAUGCUUUAGUGCAGUAGUUAUGGUCAUGUCUGAAGCUGUCACAUGUCCAAAAAACUUCACAGGCUGCUUCAGGACCAUGGUAACAUCCACUAAAGCUUUCUGCUCUUCAUUCAGGAGGAAGGUCAGGACUGGAAAAAAUAGUUGGAUGUUAUUGUGUUUGAAGCUUGGAUGCAGAAAGAAGGGAAAUGUGGCUCUGAACAGGGAGAGAAGUCACAUACUUGGUAACAAGACAUGUCUUGUCAGUGUUGUGCUGUUCCUGGAAGGAAACUUUCUUCUUUUGAUGGUUAGAUAGAAUAAUUUCUGAAAGAGCUGUAUUUUAACAUCAUUCCCCUUGUGAACUAUGCACUGGUUUCCAUUUGCUCUCAGAGCCUUUUGAGUAGAUUGUUUCCUAAGUACAGGCAAUCAAGCAGGAGUUUGUGGAGCGUGUGGGGAAGUGUGGCCCUGGUGAGUUGGGUCUAAUCUCCUUACCCAGAGGAGUUGUGUAACAGUGUAGUAAAGUGCAAGGGGUCUGAUUAAGGCUGCCUUGAUAAUCCCCAGGCAGACACUGGAGAGAGUUGUCUGCUGCUUAGGAAGUGAGGGAGGGAAUUGUGCUUCAGGUAACUUAGACACCUACUAUGGAAAUACACCAAAGAAUUGUUUGUUCUAACAGUGGUAAAUGUGUGCUGUUUGAGUCCUGCACUGAACAGUUUUAUUUUGAAGUGUUGUUGGGUGUACAGAUGCUUUAAAUAGUGAAAAAUCAACUUUCUUUGCUUCAGCCAGAAAUUACAAGUUGUUCUCCUGAAACAAUUGGUCAAAAUACAUCUCAAUGUUCUGGCUGCUUUGUGCCAGCAAAAUCUGAUGUUGGUGUGAUGUCAUUAAUUGUGAGUACAGCAAGAUUUGAUAUCUGCCCAGUCCAGAGACACGAGUACUUUGACCUUGGGUCCUGAACACGGGCAAAGACCUGCCACGUACAGGUGGUUGCAGAUCUUUGCGCUCCUGACCCUGAGCAAGCAGAAGGAGCCUGGAGGAGGAAAGGGCAGUAGAUGUGGAGCAGGAACAGCAUCCAGUCACUGGGUUACACCUUGACCAGUUGUGACAGUUUGUCACGGGUGACGUGGCAAGAGUGGCUUGCAAGUAGUUAAAACUCCCCGGGAGGGGACAUUGGUGACUGUCACAAGCUCAGAGCACCCUGUGCAAGGAACAAGAGGCUUGUGACAAAGGAAAAGGAGAACCCAAAGCCUCCUUGGUGGGUGCUUUGUCCCAGGAAGGAGUGUGGAUUCAUUUCUGCAGUGAAGUCUGGCAGUUAAUUUGGAAUUUGCCUGGUGGGCACCCGCAGCAGAUCUUUCCCAGGAGAUCAGAGGAUCCCUCUGAUGGGCAUCUGAUAUUCAGGGACAGCCUUGUGCCCUGCACCAGGGAGAUAUUAUGUGAGCUGCUGUGUUAGUCCUCUGGAUCCUCAUGGUAUGUCUGAAGGACAGAUCUCUGCAUGUUCUGAAUGUACCAGGUUGUCCUCAUGAAUACUCCGGUGGAGAAUGUCCCUGAUCUUCUUUGCCUGCGUGGUGAGGGUGAGGGAUGGGCUUCCCCUCUCGGCCUCCACGGAUUUUCAUUUCAACCAGGACUUUCUGGAAUGCAGGAAGAGAUUAAAGGCGUUAUCCUCAGUCCUGGCAUGGUACCCGAGUCGAGGCACAGCAAAGGGACGUAACCUGAGCAUCCACUUCCUCUCCUCUGGGGAUGUUGCCUGCAUGGCAAUCUGUUCCAGCAGCUACUCCACCAUCAUGGCCUUCUGCUUCCUGGAAGAGCUUCGCUGGGAAUUCGCUGCUUCCUACGACACAACCAGCAUCAAUUUGGCUUCCAGGCCCUAUGCUUUCAUUGAAUUUGACAACGUCAUUCAGAAGGUGAAAUUCCAUUUCAACAGCACCCGUGGCUCUCGAGCCAAGGCCAACUGGGAGAAGGUGGAGGAGGAGCUGAAAUUCCAGCCCCCAGUUCAGCUGAAACUGGAGGACACGGAGCUGCUGAAUGGGAUGGCCAAUGGUGGGCACUCAGGAGUUCAUGUGGAGGUUGUCCCCACUUACAGAAUGCAGCCUGUGACCCCCCUGGGGAUCCUGUCACUUGUCCUGAACAUCAUGUGUGGAGCUCUGAACCUCAUCCGGGGAGUUCACCUGGCAGAAUAUUCAUUUCAGGAGGACCAUGAAGGAAUUGGGAAUGUGAUAGCUUUUUUUGUACCUUUUCUAGCCUGUGUUUUUCAGUGUUACCUGUACCUCUUCUACAGCUCUGGGAGGAAGGUGAAGACAUUUGUGCUCCUUUUCUGUGUCUGUUUUUGCAACAUCCACCUCUAUGGAUUAAGGAACCUCUGGCAAAUCGCCUUCCACAUGGGAGUGGCAUCCCUUUCCUCCUACCAGAUCCUGACGAGGCAACUCCUGGAGAAACAGCCUGACUGUGGUGUAUGAAAAAGCACUUGGGGUUUGCUACUCUUAUUUUUUACAACUGGUUGGUUCUUCUUUUUGUAUUCACCUGGCCAAAAAAUAGCUCGGGGUAUUUUUAAGAGACUUGUCACAAUGGCUGUUGCAAAGGAGAGGGUAGUUCCAAGCAACUUGAAAUAAGUAGGAUGCUGGAAUCAUGUCCAACACCCAGUGAGUAAGGAGUGGAGCUGGGUUUAAUGUGAUGGUGCACGGGACAUCUUGCCAGGUGGCAUCAACAGAUGGAGGUUCUUAACCAUCAACAGGCUUUUUACACCUUGACUUACACCAUCCACACAGCAUUUUGCCAUUUGUCUUUCUGGCUUUGUGACAGUUUGGCAGGUCAGUGUCUUGCCCUGCUUCUGAAAAUGCCAAAACUGUGUGGCAAAAUGAAGAUCAAAGCGACGGGGAACGUUUUUGUCUCUGGAGUUUGUGGAGGGUUAAAGAUUCUUGGUGAAUGUUAGUGAAGGAGUUGUUUGCUGCAAUUAGGUGAGUUCACAAUCGGUGGGAAAAGUGGUCAGGGAGAGUUUCAGGGUGAUUUGUCUGGGUUUUGAAGGGCAGGAAAAGGCUGUGGCUCUUUUAAAAACCAUAAAGGCUAUAAAUAUCUCCUGGCUAAACUGCACAUUGUAGUUAAGUGUGUGCUCAGUGGUUAAUUGCAACAGUGCUUGGGCAGCAUAAAAUAAACCAAGUGAGUGAUCUCUCAGCUCAAGUGGCCUUUGUUUCCUUAGUUAAGGUCACUUUUAGUACAAGGGCAAUUCCAUGUUUGCUUGGUCUGUAUGGAUAAAUAAAUCUUCCAAGCCUGCUUGUGCCAGGCCAUUGACUCCUUCACCUUUUAUAAAAGAAAUUAUAUGUGGCUGGUGAGUAAAAACCCAUUUCCAGGGUUGGAAAGCAAGAGCAGGUUCUCUUCAUUCUGUAGAACACCUUCAGUUAAUGGUGUAGAGUUCUUACACUCAGAUGAAUUCCUGAGUGUACAGUUUGGAAUAUAUGUAGGACUGCAGAGCUGGAAUUCUUCGCCUCUGCUGCACUGGCUGUGCUGGGAUGUCAUAUAUCCAGGUGCAGCAGGGCAUUUUAGAACAUAGAUGAAUAAUUUAGGGCUGUCUGUUAAAAAAAAAUGCCCAGCAUUUUGAUGCAGCAGGGUUGUGGGGAUUCCAGCUGAGAUGUAGAGAACUGUAGGUGUGUUAUUGUGGAGUUAUGGUCCUAAAAUUUCCUUUUAUUUUUGUUCUUGAGAAUUUUUAUUUGUUUUUUUUUCUUUCUUUCUGGUCGCCCCGUUUCAUUCACCAAAGAUUUCUUUUCCUCUCACAUCAUCUCUACCUCUGGUUGCAAAGAGAUUAAUUAACGUGCAGCCAAGUUGUGGUUUUUUUGCAGAAACACUUAAAAAAAUUACUUUCUUGUGUCUCAGUGAAUUUUCCUGAAAUCUCAGGACGCAAACACGAGUAUCAGUGGAGGAUCAGACCAGAAAUUUGUGGUGCUGUACUUUGGAAGCACUUCUGGAUGCAGCUGAUUCCAACAACAGCAGGGAUAGGCUGCCCAUUACAGCCUGACCAGUUUCUAGGACAUCAAGGGACUUAAUUCCAGAGCUUUUUCCAGUAGGAAAAUGUAGAUAUUUCUUUUUCAUUGCACUUACUGUAACACUAACAUCAUAAAAGCCUCUAAAUGUGAGGAAUAGUCUGGUAGGAAUGAUGGAGGGAUAGAAUACAGCUGGAGCUGUGUGCCAUGAGGGAAUUCCCUUGUGUUAUCAGGGAAUGGAUUAAAGUUGUUUGUCUGUCAUUAUCCCAGUUCUCUUUGAGUGGAAAAGUGAAGCCAGAACUCAACCACUGUCCUGAAGACACCCAGGUGACCCCACGGAUGUGAGGAGUUAUAAUUUAUAUACUGCUAUAAUUUUUCAUGCUGGUCAGUCCCAGUUUUCCUUGGGAAGGUUCUUUUGGAGACCUCAUGGGAACUAAGCCACGAGUUUGGAUCACAAGUUUAAAAAAAAGAGAAAAGCUGAAAAAAAUAACACCCCAAAAAUCUGAUACUGGAAAUGUAACACUUAAAAGGAUACUGGAUCUGAUUGUAUUUUCUAGGAGCAUAAACUGGGUGUCAAUCCACUGGGUUAUCAUGGGGAAUCAUCCUGUGGGGAAAGGAUGGAGGAUUUUAUACUACAGACGGACAAAACUUUGGGCAAAGGACUUUAGUGACAUGACCCAACUCCCUGCUCCUGCCUUUUUAGCCUAAAUCUGGCUAAAUAAUCCAAAAGAGCUUUCCUGUUCCUUGGCUAAAGCCAGGCUGCUCCAGCUUAAGGCACACAGAGCAUUCACAGCUGGGGCAUUCCUCAUCCUUGGACUAAGCUGGCUGGAAGAAGCUGUAACAUUCCCAAUGCUUCCCAAGCAUCCAGCUGUUUGCUGUGUCACAAAACAAAUCCCUGUGCCAGGUGAUGUGACCCACAGUGGUACAACAAGGUGUCUGGUUGAUUUAUGCAAUUAACAUAAAGUGGAUAAAGGUUAAAUUCAGCUUUCGUUUAAUUUUUUUUUUCCUUAAAAUGUUUCAGUAAAAUCAACCCAAACCCGUUGGUUCAGUUCUGCCUUUGCCUAAACUGAUAUUUUUUUGCUUUGUGGAUUAAUUGGAGGAUGUGACUGGAUCUUUGUAAUCUUUAGAUCUUUCCUACUCAGUGACCAAAGCUCUCCUUUGCUGUGAGUCUUAAUCCCUUUGCAACCUUUUUUUUUCCCCUCUCUGUAAUAUGUGUAAACCAUAUUAAGGAAUCUCCAUGGAUUAGUCUGUGUGCACUAACACUGUGCACUUUGUAGCUUUGGAUUGGGAUUCCAGGAUGAGGCAGAGCCCUCGUAGUUGGCCCUAUUUUUAUUUUUAAUGUUGGUAUUUAGAGUGGCUCCCACAUCCACGUGGUAUUUAUACAGAUAAACAUCUUCUCCUGGUGGAGCAGCAAGAGGAAUAGAACAGUUUACAUGGAUCUCAGUGCUUUAAGAUUUAAUAAAAAGGAAUGACUUGCAGUUUGAGUACAUGAGAUCUGACUCACAACGUGGGAUUAUUCCUGUAUUGAAUCAAAUCCCCGGGGAGGAAUCCAUCCCUUUUUGUUCCACUUUAAACUGUUUAAUGUAGUUUGAAUUGCAUCUCCUUAAUUCUGUCAGUUUGCAAGAUAAGUCUGCUGGAAACUCUUUUCCUCACCCAGCAGCUCAGCACAAGAAAAUUGGCAAAGAAUAAACUCCAAUAAUUUCCAGAUUUUCAGUGCUUAGUCACUUUAUGAAGCUGAUCAUUUUCUGUGGUUUUUUUUUUUCCUCCUUUCUCCCAAAAACCUGUUGAGUUUGUAGAAGGUGGGCUGGUACCUUUUUAGACAUUUUUGCACUGUAUUAAUAAUUGAACCUGUGUAAAUGUGUAUAAAAUCAUUUUGCAUGUAUAUAUGUACAUAUAUCUAAUAAAUGGCUUUUUUUCUAA